CCUUAAUCAUGUCUGUGUAUUUUGAAACUGCCCCCGACACCACUCUGCACAUUCGCAUAACCCAACCAGACACCAGCACCACAAAACCUCUCCUUGUCUUCCUCCACUACUGGGGCGGCUCCUCUGCGACAUGGCACAAAGUGACCUCGGCCUCGUCCCCAACUUCUCUGUCUUCACAGUAUCCAACAGUCGCUAUCGACCUACGAGGAUGGGGCUCCUCCACCGGCCCGUCAGAGGACACGGGAAGGUCGUAUGCGGUUGUCAAUAUGGCCGCUGACGUAGCCUCAGUGCUCUCACAGCUGAAGGACGACGCACAGUACCGAGGGCUCCUCGCCCACGGCUUUGUCCUUGUCGGCCAUUCAAUGGGCGGGAAGGUCGCGGUGGCCACUUUAUCCACUCUGCCUACCAACCUGCUGAAACUGUUGAGGGGUUUCGUACUCGUUGCGCCCGCGCCGCCGACCACACUUGUUCUCCCGCCCGAUAUGAAAGAGCAGCAGAAGGUCGCGUAUGAGUCGGCGGAUUCUGUCCGGUGGACGGUCACGAAUGUUCUUACCGAUGUGCAGAAUCUGGACCAUGAUGACGUGGAGCUCAUCGUGCGCGAUAGCUUAAGAGGGACUCUUCUGGCGAAGGAAGCUUGGCCGGCGUAUGGGAUGGAGCAGAAUAUUAGCCACGAUGUGAAGGUGGCUCUUCUUGGCCCUCUGGCGAAGACAAUCAAGGUCCACAUUCUCGCUGGAGAGCUCGAUUUAGUUGAGCCCAGAGAAAGACUUCAAACCCAAGUUUGCCGGUUUCUGGAGGAUGCUGGGGUUCGGGUUUCGUUUAGGGUUCUACCAGGUGUAAGGCAUCUAAUUCCUCUCGAAGCCCCGGAGGCAAUCGUUGAAGAAGUUUCCCAUUUCUAGAUAACGGCUCUAUUUACUAGGUGCUAGCCAACAUCUACCAAGUACCAAUCUGCUGUACUCAAUUAAUUAGUAUACUUAACGACCGCCUUCC